CAUUCCUCCUCAAAGGGGUCACACAAGCAUUCGUCCAAGGAAUCCAAGAAAGAGCUCGCCCAACGACGGUCCUCAAUGUACCAGAACCAACCAGCUUCUAAUGAACCCACUGCGUAUGGCGCCGCAUUCCGAAGUGAGGGCGUUGCGGCCAGUGAAGCACGCCACCAGGCUAAAGCUGCAGAGAACAUUGCAAGAAUCAUGAGCCAGUACGGCGGAAAGUAG